UUAACACUAUAUAUAAUUAACUCUUUUUCCCAAAAUUACCCUUCGGAGCUGGCAAACUCAGAGUCAAAGGCAUGCCUAGGGCAAUUAGAGGAAAGAAACAAAAGAGUGGUGAGGGACUUCUACAAAGCCUUAACCUCCAAAGACACACAAACACUUCAUGGCCUUGUGGCUCAGGACUUGGAGUGGUGGUUCCAUGGACCACCAUGCCAUCGCCACCACUUGGUUCCAUGGUUGACUGGAUCCUCACCAUCACCGCCGUCUUCGGUUCCUGAUCUCAUCGUAGGGUUCGGCUCAGUUGUUGUGGCCGAAGGGUACGACGAGACCAAUUUAAUUUGGUGGGUGCAUGCAUGGACCGUUAAUGAAAAUGGUGUCAUCACUCAAGUUAGAGAAUAUGUGAACACUGCCCUAACCGUGACUCAACUUGGUGUUGCCACGUCACCAUCACAGGCAGUGCAAAAUGCCUCUAAAUGCUUUAGCAUUUGGAAAAGCACUCUUUCAGAUGAGUCCGUACCUGGACUCAUUCUAACAAUUUAGUAUUUUCAAAUGUUUGUUGGCAUUUGAAUACUAAUUCGAUUAAUGUCGAAAGCUUUCAGAACUUAACAUAUACUAUGCUCUUUGCCAGCAUAGUUUCAUGUUGAAAAUGUAUUGAGUCAUUUAGUACCAAACUAAAAGAGUGAGUGAGUAGUGACUAGUGAGUGUGGUCUAGUCAGUUGUUUUAAUAUCUUAUCUUAUAUGUUCUGUUUGAUUCUAGUUGUGGUCUUGUGGAAAUUAUGGCUGGUUAUAUAUGCAAUCACAUUAAUUAACCACGUCAUAUGCCACGUCCUAUCAUUUGUGGAUGUAAUGUCACCGUGCUUUGUUU